CUGACGUCAGCACGUACUCGGAAGGCAGCGUCGUCCUACGUGCGCCUGCCCUUCACAUCUGUCACGAUAUACCACGUUUAAUUCCCAAACGCAGCACAGCGAUGGCCCUGCUGAAAUCAAACAAGGUGAUCCUUUGUCUGGGGAACAUUUCUCCGUCCUUAAGAGUUCUGUCCUCCCGCAGCAGCUCAUGGUGGGGUGGAGUGCAAAUGGGUCCCCCUGAUCCCAUCCUGGGGGUGACCGAGGCCUUCAAGAGGGACACCAACCCGAAGAAGAUGAACGUGGGAGUAGGAGCCUACAGGGAUGACCAAGGCAAGCCCUUCGUGCUCACCUCUGUCCGCAAGGCAGAAGCUAUGAUUGCAGCUAAGCAGCUUGAUAAGGAGUACCUUCCCAUUGGUGGCCUCGGAGAGUUUAACAAGGCCUGUGCUCAGCUGGCUUUUGGUGAAAACAAUGAGGACUUGAAGAGUGGCAGGAGCGUCACUGUCCAGUCCAUUUCAGGAACCGGAUCUCUACGUAUUGGAGCCAGCUUCUUGGCUCGAUUCCAUGGAGGUCCACAUGACGUGUACCUGCCCAAGCCCUCCUGGGGAAACCACACACCCAUCUUCAGAGACGCUGGCAUGCAGCUCAAAGCAUACCGAUAUUACGACCCUUCCACCUGUGGCUUGGACUUCAAAGGAGCUAUUGAGGACAUCUCUAAAAUGCCAGAGCAGAGUGUGAUCUUGUUGCAUGCUUGUGCUCACAACCCCACCGGUGUGGACCCCAGGCCUGAGCAGUGGAAGGAGAUUUCUGAUGUUGUGAAGAAAAGGAACCUGCUGGUGUUCUUUGAUAUGGCCUACCAGGGCUUUGCCAGUGGAGACAUCGAUCGUGAUGCCUGGGCUGUGCGCUACUUCAUUGAAAAGGGCCACAACAUCCUGCUGUCCCAGUCCUUUGCCAAGAACAUGGGACUCUAUGGUGAACGUGUGGGAGGCUUCACUGUGCUGUGUAGCGAUGCUGACGAGGCAAAGAGAGUGGAAUCUCAGCUUAAAAUCCUCAUCAGACCCAUGUACUCCAACCCACCAAUAAAUGGCGCCAGAAUUGUAACAACCAUUCUCAACACACCAGAUCUGCGUACACUGUGGCUGGAGGAGGUUCAUGAUAUGGCUACCCGCAUCAUUAGAAUGAGAGAACAUCUGGUGGCCGGCCUGAAAAAAGAGGGCUCCAGCCACAGCUGGCAGCACAUCGUCGACCAGAUCGGGAUGUUCUGCUUCACAGGCCUCAAAUCCGAACAGGUUGAGCGUUUGACAAAGGAGUUUUCAGUGUACAUGACCAAGGAUGGCCGAAUUUCCAUGGCAGGCGUGACCUCUGGGAACGUGGGCUACCUGGCACAGGCAAUCCACGCUGUCACCAAAUAGAGUGGCUCCUGCUGGGAGAACUACACAAUGAAAGCAGUAGUUAAAGAGGAGCUUUAUGCUUUACUUGGUGUAUUCUCUGUCUGCUCCAUUCCACCUUUUAGAGAAGAGCUCAAUAUUUAGACAUUUUCUUGAUUUGCAUUUCAUCACAAGUUCAUUUUUGUCCCAGUUGGGAUGAUUGUUACCACUGAACACUAAUUUCAGGUUACCUUUUUUUUUUUUUUUAACAUUUCACUGAACAGGCUCCCCCUGCUAAACUGUACAGGAUAUCUUUUCUCCCUCUACUGACCGAUGAGCUAAUGUCUCCUCUUUUCUUAUAUAUGUGGAAUCAGCUGUUGGCUGUGCAUUGGUGUCCUCCUAAAUGUGCAUGUUCAUCUGCUGCUCAGUAUAAAACAUCAAGAAACUGUCACUGGGCUAAUGUUACUUGGUGCAUUACGUUGACAUGCGAGUUGAAAUCGCUGUUGCUUUGUGAAAGCUUGUAGAAAAUGUGACUUUUGUUAACGGUGGACUCCUAGCACUUUAGUAAGCUACUGUUUGGAUUUCAAGAUUAGUCUGGCACUGAGUUUUUAGUUAUUGGGCUUUUCAGUAUUAACAGGCAUUUGUCAGUCAGAUAAUCAAUUCACUAUCAUGGUUUGUUCAUCUGAACUAAUCAAUCAUCCAAUAAUUAAGUUCCCUCUUCUUCUGGGAGCUCCCUUGUAUUCACUGUUUUUGAGAGUAGGGUUUGUCUUUUUCAGUCUAAUUGGUCGCUGAGCAGCAGCCUCUCAAUCAAUCCCUUUUAACAAACACACUAGCCAAACAGAAUUAAAGUCAGUACACAGAAGCAAUAGCUACACGUUGUAUGAAUUCCUCCUGUGAAGUUAUUUUUCAGUUCCACCACAGCCCCAAAUCAGACACCCCAUUUUUCAUAUUUGUUUCAUAAAAAGGCUUUGUAUUAGAUCCCUGUACAAGUGUUUGUGUGGUUACUAAAGAUGAGUGGGCGAACUGAAUGUGAACACGAACUUGUCAUUCAUUCAGAUGUCAUGUCCCAGUGUAUGAAUUUGUUCAUCAUUAAGACUGUGGGGCACAAAUGGUAUUUAGGAAUGUGGAGUUCAGUCAGCUCAUACUUGUGAAACAUUGCUCUUGGCUUCUAUGUCAUGAAAUAAUUGAUAAUUGGUCAUGUACCUUACUAAAAAACAAUAAAUCAGUAUAGAAUAAUGA